GUUCAGGAGGUCUGUUUAAGGCUGAACUAUUAAUUAGACUUUACAACGAAAAGACCAGUACAUAAUUUUGAAUAGCUAUGCCACAUUUGGUAGAAUCUGCUAAGCACAAGCGUCCAGAUAUUGCAGAAAACCUAGUAGACUUCGACGUCUCUCUGCGUGAACGGUACGUAUCAAAGUUGAGACCCCUGAUUAAAGCUGAAGCCAAGAAGAACAAGUAUGGCCAUAAAACAUUUGGCGAAGCAGAAGUUCGUGUGAGAAAACCGAAAGAAUUUCUUAGGAAAAACACACGCAUUACUCCACCAAAACCAGAAGUAGACCAGUGCCACGGGAAAGGCAUUGGGAAACCCGUGCCACCAGUGCCGAAGCAUGUGGUCCCAAAAGCGCCGGUGGUGCAGGAGAAGAACUUCCGAGCGGACAACGUGGUGAACGCGAUGCGCUCUCGAGCCCGGCAGCCCGUGCCGCGGUACGUGCUAACCCGCCGCGGCGACACGCGCCUUCUAGAGCCCUCCGGUACUGUUCCACGUUACGCCCUUAAGAAGGGCUAUGGAAAAGUUCCGAAAUACCUGCAGAAACGACUGAAAGAUUGCCAGAAGCAACAAAAGGUGGAAGAGGAAGGAAAGGAUCCAGCGGAGACGGCUACUAGAGCCUUGUCAGAAGCGGAACGGACGGAACUGAUAGAGGGUCUCAAGAAAAACUGGGAAGAGGCCGAAACCGCUUAUCAAAGGCUGCCUCUUAUCAUUGAGACUCCAUCCAUGCUCAGAAGAAAAAUUAUGCUGGAAAAGAAAUUAACACAGUUGGAAAACGAUAUUACCUUCUUAGAAAAACAUGAAUAUAUUUACAUAUAUGAUGACGAAAAUUCAUCGUGA